AUGAAGGUGGCUUCAGGCAGGAGAUCGGCAGCUCUGCUUCCUCUCGCAGGCGGGAAGUGGUACAAACGGCACUUAACCUAUCGGGUCGUGAACUGGCCCUCGUACCUGCCGCAGCACGAGGUGCGCCUGGCGGUGAAAGCUGCCUUCGAGCUCUGGAGCAACGUGUCCUCGCUGGUGUUUUGGGAGGCACGGGACGGCCCGGCCGACAUCCGCCUGACCUUCUUCCAUGGAGACCACAACGAUGGACUCAACAACGCCUUCGAUGGACCAGGAGGUGCCUUGGCUCAUGCCUUCUUCCCCCGCCGCGGAGAGGCCCACUUCGAUAACGACGAGCGCUGGUCUCUGCACAGCGGCAAGGGCCGCAACCUCUUCGUCGUGGUCGCGCACGAGGUCGGCCACACGCUGGGGCUGGAGCACUCUCCCGUCAAGAGCGCCCUGAUGUCUCCGUACUACAAGAAGCUCAGCAAGGAUUUUGUCCUCAGCUGGGACGACAUCUUGGCUGUCCAGAACUUAUACGGGAAGCCUUCCAAGGGCUCGGCCGUCCAGCUCCCCGGAAAGGUGUUUACUCACUUCCAGGACUGGAGCGCAGAUCUUUUCAAUGGGGGCCAGCAGUGGCAGAGCCUCAGUGCCUAUUACUGCCACUCCUUCUUCGAUGCCAUAACUGCCGAUGUGGAUCACAACCUGUACAUCUUCAAAGGCAACCACUACUGGCUGGUGUCGGUGAGCGGUAAUGCCAGCGAGCCCCGCUGGCCCGGCCUCCCCCCCGGCAUCGACGCCGCUGCCUGGUCCGAGCUCAGCGGCAAGUUUUAUUUUUUCAAAGGUGGCCGAUGCUGGUGCUACAAAGGCUCCACCUUGGAACAGGGUUUCCCCCAGAAGUGCAGCGCUGGUGGCCUCCCGCGGCACCCCGACACGGCCCUCUACUUCCAGCAGCUCCGGCACCUGGUGCUCUUCAAAGGGCCCAAGUACUUCGUGGUGAGCGAGGAGACCCUGCAUGUGGAGCCCUACUAUCCGCGGAGCCUGCGGGACUGGGACGGGCUGCCCCCUGGCACGACGGGCGCCCUCAGGCACCGUGAUGGCUUCAUCUACUUCUUCCGGGAUGACCAGUACUGGCAGUUCGACCAGGCGAAGCUGCAAGUGGUGGCCACCGGCAAAUGGGCUGCGGAGCUGCCGUGGAUGGGCUGCUGGGAUGCCAACGGCGGGGAGGGCCCUCUUUUGGGCGCGCCCACGCCCACACCAUUGACUCUACUUGAAUUCCCAUCUCCAGGCGGCUCGGCAGGGACCGGUGGGGGCAGGGGGGUGCCCCUGCCUGUGGGUGACCAGCUCCGGUCUCCCCAUGGGCCGCUGGAGCCCUGGAGGAGCUGCUUUCCUGGAGACCCAUAUCCUGAUGGAGCGCAACCUGGAGGACAUGUCCUUCAGCCCAGGCUGGUUUGA